AAUGGAUACCAACAAAGACAAAGGACCCUCCUCCAUCACCAAGUAUUGUUAUCAGAGGAAUUAGAGGAAACCAAAUUUCAGGUGGGAAAUGUUUUAGAGUGGUGAGUUGAUCAGCCUCAACAACAACAACAACUUGUUUGCAUUCUCUUUCUCUCACCAUGUUAAGAGUUCCCAAUCCUGUUCCAGGUGUUUCAAAUUGCUAUGUAUUCAAGAGCCGAUUACAGGAGUAUGCUCAAAAGGUGGGAGUAGGUACUCCUGUGUAUGAGACUACUAAAGAAGGUCCCUCCCAUGAGCCAUUUUUUAAGUCAACCGUGAUUGUAAAUAAUGUCAGAUACGAUUCCUUGCCUGGAUUUUCCAACCGAAAGGCAGCCGAGCAGUCAGCUGCUGAAGUUGCUCUUAGGGAGUUAGCUAAAUCUGAUGGUGCCAGGGGUGAUGUCAAUCAAUGCAUCUCUCAACCAGUUCAUGAAACUGGAUUAUGCAAGAAUCUGCUGCAGGAGUACACUCAGAAAAUGAACUAUGCUAUCCCUUUAUAUCAAUGUCAGAAGGAUGAAGCCCCUGGCCGAGCAGCUCUCUUUUCAUGUUCCAUCGAGAUUGGGGGAAUUCGAUAUAUUGGUGCUGCAGCAAGAACAAAAAAAGAGGCUGAGAUUAAAGCUGCUAGAACUGCACUUUUAGCUAUCCAGUCUAGUGCUUCUGAGUCCUACAGUAAACAAAUUGAAAAUGCUCAGUUGACUGUGCUUCCCAGCAAGAAACGAAGCCUCGAAUCAAAUCCCAAUGUUGAGGAGCCUCUGAAAUCUCCAAAGCCAAAGCCAAAGAAGGCACGGUUUAGGAAGAAAAACUUUAAGAAAAAAUUCUCUAAGGUUCGUGCAGGAAAGGGCAAUCCGAAUGUGGGAACUGAUGAUGCAUCGGUAGUAGCUUCUGAACAAUUGGAUACUAAUACCGUUUCGAAUCCCCAAAAUGAGAUGCAGCAAAUGGUUCAAAGUGAAACAGAAAAAGUUUCUGCUGGUGAAGGCGGUUCUUUGGUCAAUGCUCUUGAAAAUGGGAAGUCGACAGUUUCAUAUUCCAAUCAAAGCAAUAGUGAGAAUAAUCUACCUCCUCCAGUGUCUUUCAAUGUGGCUUUAACUGAUUCUACUUCUACUGCUAUGGCUAAAGUAGAGACUUCAAUUGCCACCGAGACUAAGGUUAUCGAGUCAGAACAGAAUUUCCAAGCUUCAGAGAAACCCGCGUAAGAAUCUUUUGGAUUUUAUUUUGGCAGUGGUUAAAGUAUAGUAGGAUUGGGGGUUCUGAAUUUUGACAACUUAGUUAGAAGGGUGAGGUAAUUUCGAGUUGAUUUUUACAUAAUCGAUUAAUGCAUAUGUGUUUGUAAGAGAAUGGCUUUGCAUGGUUAUGUUUUCUUUAACACAAUGUUAAGCAUAUGUUACUAUUGGAAGUUGAAACAAAUUUACUUCUUCAUA